AUGACGAUUAUUGUCGCACUCUUUGUCCUAUGCGCUAUGUUCUCUGGCACUUAUGCCGAUCCGGACACGCUUCAGGACAUCUGCGUAGCGGAUCUCACUUCUGAUAUGAAGGCGAAUGGGUAUGCGUGCAAGAACGCUGAGAAUGUGACAGCGGCUGACUUCGUCUUCGACGGACUUGUGAAGGCAGGGAUGACCAACAACACCAUGGGAUCGCUGGUGACGCCGGCCAACGUGCAGAAGUGGGCAGCGCUGAACACGCAGGGAGUUUCCAUGGCUCGGAUCGACUAUGCACCGGGAGGGAUGAACCCACCGCAUUCCCACCCGAGGGCGACGGAGCUGCUGACCGUCCUUGAGGGUGAAUUGGAGGUAGGGUUCUUCACCACAGGCAACGUAUUCAUCAAUCACACCCUAACGAAGGGUGGCAUCGUCCUCUACCCAAGGGGACUCAUCCAUUUCCAGAAGAACAACGCAGAUGUCCCAGCAGUAGCGUUAUCGGCUUUCAAUAGCCAGUUGCCAGGGACACAGAACACCGCUUUCACCCUCUUCACUUCCUCUCCUUCCGUCUCUGAUGAUGUUCUUACCAAGGCCUUCCAGAUCGGUAGCAAGGAGGUUAAAAUGAUCAGGUCCAAGCUCACCCCCAAGAAGUAGUACAUUAAUGAAU